AUGCCUGCCGCGCCACUUAGAACCGCCAGACUAAACAUGCUGGCCCAGCAUCUCGCUGCUGGUGCCCGCUCCCGCUCCUUUUCCACGGGGUCGGUCCUCCGCAAGGAGUUACAGGACGCCUACAUCCUGAGCGCUGCCAGAACUCCCACUGCCAAGUUCAACGGCUCCUACCUCAACGUCACUGCGCCCCAGCUUGGUGCCGUCGCCAUCAAGUCUGCCCUCGAGAAGUCCAAGGUCCCCACCGAGAAGAUCACCGAUGUCUACAUGGGCAAUGUCCUCUCCGGCAGCGUCGGCCAAGCUCCUGCCCGCCAGGCCGUCAUCUUUGCCGGCCUGCCCGAGACCACCGAGGCCAUCACCAUCAACAAGGUCUGCUCCUCCGGUCUCAAGGCCGUCGUAUUUGCCGCCCAAAACAUCCAGAUGGGUCUUGCCGAGGCCCAGAUUGCUGGUGGCAUGGAGAACAUGUCGCGUGUUCCUUACUACAUUAACCGAUCCAGCAGCCUCCCUGCUUUUGGUCACGCCAAGUUGGAAGAUGGACUGAUCAAGGACGGCCUCACCGACGUCUAUGAGCAGUUCCACAUGGGAAAUUGCUGCGAGAAUACCGUCAAAAAGCACAACAUUACCCGCGAGCAGCAGGACGAGUACGCCAUCCAGUCUUACCGCAAUGCCCAAAAGGCCUGGGCCGACAAGGCCUUUGCCGAGGAAAUUGCCCCCGUGACCGUCAAGGGUCGCAAGGGCGAUACCGUCAUCGACACCGACGAGGGCUUCCAAGACAUCAAGUUUGAAAAGGUUCCCACCUUGAAGCCUGCUUUUGUCCGCGAUGGGACCGGCACCGUCACUGCCGCCAACUCUUCCACCCUCAACGACGGCGCCAGCGCUCUCGUGCUCGGCAACCGCUCCAUUGCUGAAAAGUACGGCAAGGACUCGCGUGUCCUGGCCAAGAUUGUCAGCUACGCCGAUGCCGCCAUGGCGCCCAUCGACUUCCCCAUCGCCCCCGCCAAGGCCGUUCCGAUUGCGCUGGAGCGUGCCGGCAUCACAAAGGAUCAGGUCGCAGUGUGGGAGUUUAACGAGGCCUUUGCCGGUGUCAUUCUCGCCAACCAGAAGAUUCUUGGCCUCGAAGGCGCCAAGGUCAACCCUCUCGGUGGAGCAAUCUCCCUCGGCCACGCCCUGGGUAGUUCUGGAUCGCGCAUCCUGACCACCCUUCUUCACCAGCUCAAGCCUGGCGAGUAUGGUGUCGCCGCCAUUUGCAAUGGCGGUGGUGCUGCUACUGCCAUGGUUGUGCAGCGGGUUGAGUCUGUAUAA